AUGGUUAUGUGUGCAAAAUUCAAGGUAGGAGAUAGAAUCUCAUAUAGCGAUUAUAACUGUACAAUACUAUAUGUUGGCGAAAUAUCUGUAUGGCCCGGUGAAAUAGCUUAUGGGGUGGAGUGGGAUGAUGAUACAAGAGGUAAGCACAAUGGUAAAUUAGGAGGCAUACAGUACUUUAACACCAUCAGACCCAAGUCUGGUUCGUUCCUUAAAGUUUCAAAAGUGGAUGUAAGUGCUGAUCCCAGACGAUCUUUUUAUGACGGUAUUUGUGAGAAGUAUGGUAACACUGCCUCAGACCAAUUCAACGUUAAUAUUGGUACCAAGAUGGUCGAACAACUAGGAUUUGAUAAACUUAAUCUAAUAAAUAAAAGAUGGAAUAGUUUAGGUAUAAUUGAUUUGUCCUCAGCAAAGAUAUUUUGCGCAGGAGAUAACCCUUCUACAGAACCAAUAACAACGAAGGACUUAGACCUUUCCAGAAACUUAAUAACUGAUUUCAAAGAGAUAGCGAAAAUUUUGAAUAACUUCAAAUCAGUAGCCUGUCUAGACUUAUCAGAAAACAGAUUUUUACGAUUUCUGUUCGACAAAACUAUAAAAUUUUGUACUGUGAAAACAUUGAAAAUUAGAAGUUGCUAUCUUUCAAUGAACAAUUUACAAGACAUACUAGCCGUAUUUCCAAAUGUGCAGAAUCUAGAUAUAAGUGGUAAUAGGCUGUACGGCAAUGACCUAGCUAAUAUCCAUUUGAUCCUUCCCAAUCUUAAGUCUUUAACGGUUUCUAAUAACUGCAUCACCAAUAUUGACUUGAGUAAAUUAAUUUACCUGACCGAAUUAGAUAUCUCUUCUACUGACAUCAAAAUCCAGUUGAGCGAUAUUAAAAGUAACUCCAUAACUUUCCUGAAUAUGACACACAUUCGAUUAGACAGUUGGACCCUAGUAGAUAAAAUAAAUAUAAUGUUUCCGAGUCUAUGCGAAAUAAGAUGCUCUCUCAACUGGCUCCCACCAAUAGAUGCCCAAUUUCCAGAUUCCAAGCUAUUCAUUCUCAUAGCUAUACUAAGGCAUAUAAACAUCAUUAACGGAACAAUAAUUGAUCGAAGAAUGAGAAAAGACGCAGACUACUAUCUGGAAUGCAAGCUGAAAGAGGGUGCUCUGAAAUUGGAAGGUUUCACUUUAAGAAUGAAAGAAUUAGUCAAAAAAUUCUAUAAUACAAUAGAAACUGUAGAAAACCAUUCCUGGUUGAAUACUAAUAUUAUAACAAUUUCCUUAAUAAUCUAUUUCGAUGAACUAAUGCACUCUAAAAUGAAAAUAUAUGACAAGUACAGUAUUCGUUACUUAAAAGGGCUAAUUUCUGAUGAAUUUAAUAUGAAGUAUUAUCAAAUAGACAUAAAAUAUGAGUCCACACCUGGAGUUUUAAUACCAAUGUCAAGAGAGUUUUCUCCCUUAAGUGACUACGGUGUUGCUAAUGGUGGUAAGAUUCACGUCAACCUGAUGUAA